CUCAAUGCACUUUUCAGUCAGACUUCUCGUCACCGCUCCCAUUUGAUACUGGGAGGGGAAGUGACUCUUCUGAGGUGUCACAGAUUGCAACAGAGCCUGGGACAGAACCCAGGAGUCCUGGCUCACAGCACCCCCCUGCUCUAGCCACUAGACCCCACUCCCCUCCCAGAGCUGGGCAGUAGUUGCAGCUGCCAUAAUACCUCUUGUUUUGCACCCACGCCACAUCCCACACAACUAUGGCAGCACAGUCCCCUGGCUCUGGGCUCCCCCAUCACUGGACUGUGAUGGGCUGGGCCAGGGGCUCUCCUGCCCUGUGUGCCAGUUGCUGUAAGUGCCGGUGGGAGGACACUGGGGGUCUGGCACCAUUGCUCCCUGGUGUGUCACCCUCUCUUUUCCCCUGUCUGAGCCUCCUGUUCCCCUGUAACCUGCACCAGGGACUGGAGUAGAUGCCAAGAAUCCGUGUAGAUGCCAGUGAUUCGGGCAGAGCUCUUCUCCCACCUGAUCCAUGUCGGGCUGUGGGGAGAAGGGCUCAGAGCUAUUCAGGUUUUUCCGGAGCCUUUGCCGGGCUGGCUGGGAAUCCAGCACAACCUUAGAUGCUACACGUAAUGCUGGGAACUGUGCUUCCCCCAAGCCACGCCUGGAGCCCAGCUUGGGGAUGCUGGCCGGGUACCUUCCCCUUUUCUGCUAGGCCCCUAGGGGGCAGGGGAGCUGGUUUCCCUGGAGGUACCUGCUGCCAGGGAGGGCAUCUGUCCUGGCUCAGAUGCUGCUAUAGGAACCUGUAGGGGAUGGGGGGCAGUGGGAUCCGCUCUGGUGCUCGUGGGGUGGGGAUCCCAGCUCCCGGGCCUGUCCCUGCUCCUAGGGCUGGCUGGGUCUCCACGGAGAUCUUUGCACAAGAGGUGACGCUGCAAGGGACGUUUAUCAGAUGGGCUGUCACUGCGGCCUGGGCCCAGCCUCUGGGUGGGGUGCUCAGUGACACAGCAACGGAAGGAAGGAAGCCGGCAUUUGGCAAUGCUAGCUGGGUGCCUGUUGCCAGGCCAGGGUGGGGCAGCCCAGCCUCGGAGCUAGGAGAUGAGAAAGGAGAGCUGGCUGCUGCCAGCAGCUUUACAAAUAAAAGUGAAAGCCCUCAGCCCAGCUGGGGCCGUUUCACAACAUCUCAGCUUGGGGCGAGUGCCAGAAGCCAUGAGCAGCUGAGAGAUUACCGGAGCCAGAGGCUUUUCUCAGCGGCAGCGCCUCACCCCCACGCCGUGAUCUAGCCCACCGUGGGCUGAACCCAAACGGUGCAUCUCUCCCCCCAGCAGAGUGUGCCACAGACCCCAGUGCAGGAUCGCUAUGGGCCCGACGCGGGGGCCGACGAGGAGUCCAGCUCGGAAUCGGAGGAAAGUGGGGACGAUGUGGUGAGCGUGCGAUGGAGGUUGGGGGUCAGCGGCCCUGAGAACGGGGAGCGGCUUCAGAACAGGAUUCCUGGGUCCUAUCCCCAGCCCUGGGAGGGGGAGAGGGAGAGGGCUGGUGGGUCAGAGCAGGGGGCUGGGAGCCAGGAUUCCUCCUGAGUUCUGCCCCCGCCCUGACACUGACUGGCUCUGUGCCCUUGGGUGAGUGACUUCCCUGCUCAGUGCCUCAGUUUCCCCCUCUGUCCUGUGGGAAUAAUGCUGAGCUGCCCCUUGGUACCCUGUGGGGUGAGGUCCGUGCUAGACACAGUGCCCCAGAGAAAGGGUGGGGGUUGCUCUUGAUUAACCCGCUGGGCCCGGCAGGAGCUGGACCCCCUGCAAGACAGAGAUUUCUAUCGCACUCUGGCCCUGCUGAAAACCAGGGACCCCAGGAUCUACCAGAAAGACGCCACCUUCUGCAGCCAAGCAGAUUCUUCGUCAGAAAGCGGGAGGGAGGCAGCAGCUCCGAAGAGGAAGGAGAAACCCAUGUACCUGAAGGAUUACGAGAGAAAGGUGAUCCUGGAGAAGGAAGGCAAAUACGAGGAGGAUGAGGAGGACGAGGAAGCAGCAGCUGAAAGACAGAAGAGAGCCGCCUCCCAGAGCUACGCUGAGGAGCAGAAGCGAAUCAAGGAGAGCUUCCGGCCGUUCGUGGCAGACAGCGACGGGGAGGAGAGCGCAGGGGAGGGCGGCUCGGCCCUGCUGCAGAAACGGAUCAAGAGCACGGAGGAGAAGGCGCGUGAGGAGGAGGACUAUGUCAGCUGGCUCAAAGGGCAGGAUUUGCCCCCGGACCAGCAGCUCGAGGACUUGGCCCCGCUGAAGGAGUAUUGGAGCGACCCCACGCUGGACCCCGGGGAGCGCUUCCUACGUGACUACAUCCUGAACAAGGGCUACAGGGAGGAGGAGGAGGAGGAGGGAAGGGGCCCCGGGGCUGUAUCCCCGCUGCGGCUGGACGACUCCUCGGACGAGGGGGAGCUCUUCCUCCAGAAGCAGGAGGAGUUUGAGCACAAGUACAACUUCCGCUUUGAGGAGCCUGACGCGCAGCUGGUGAGGACUUAUCCCCGGACCAUCGCCAGCUCGGUGCGCAGGAAGGACGAGCGGCGCAAGGAGAAACGUGAGGAGAUCAGGGAGAGGAAGAGGAAGGAGAAGGCCCGGAAGCAGGAGGAGUUGAAGCAGCUGAAGAACCUGAAGCGCCAGGAGAUCCUGGCCAAGCUGGAGAAGCUGCGGGAGGCGACGGGCAAUGCGACCGUGGGCUUCGGGGAGCAGGAGCUGGAGGGGGCCUUUGACCCGGCCGAACACGACCGGCUCAUGCAGAAAUUCUUUGGGGCCGAGUAUUAUGGGGAGGUGGAGGAGGAGAAGCCGCAGUUCCAGGAGGAGGAGGGCGUGGAUGACGGCUGGAACUGGGACAACUGGACUGGCCGGGGCGAGUGGCCGGAGGAAGAGGGGAGCUACGAGCCGCACUGCGAGGACCCCAACUUUGUUAUGGACGCGGAUUACGACCCCCGCGUGCGGCCAGACCUCCCCCGGAAGCGGCAGAAGGAGGCGCCGACGCUGCUGGGGAAGAGGAGGCGCAAGAGGCGGUUCACGGAGGCUGUGGAGCAGGAGAAGCCCCCGUUCGACCCUGAGGAGGGCUCCUUCGAGCAGUACCUGGACGAGUAUUAUCGGCUGGACUACGAGGACCUGAUCGGGGAUCUGCCCUGUCGUUUCAAGUACCACGCCGUGGUGCCCUGCGACUUCGGUCUCAGCACCGACGAGAUCCUGGCCGCUGACGACAAGGAGCUAAACCGCUGGUGUUCACUGCGCAAGACCUGCAUGUACAGGUCGGAGAAGGAGGAGCUCCAGGACAAGGCCGCCUACACCCGCAAGGCGCAGAACACCAGCAAGAAGCAGCAGAUCCUCAAGUCCCUCUCAGCUGCCGCGGAGGAGGCCGGCGGGGACAAGACGCGGCCGAAGCUGGGCAAGAAGCACCAGGACAAGGCACAGGGGAAGGAGCCGCAUGGCGCUGACCUGGCUGAGUGCCAGGAGGAUGAGGGGCCCUCGGUGCCCACGGCAGGGGCCCUCAGCCCCACCCUGCCCCCUGCUGGGCAGCCUGGGGGCCUGGAGGGGAAGGUCUCCCCUGGGCCCCAGGCCCCUGCCCCCAAGCGGAGGGGGCGGAAGGGGCUGCUGCUGGGUGCCAAGGUGCGGGUGGGUGGGCGGGAGUUCAGCGGGCACAGGCUCCAGGCCUACGGGCUCAACGCGCGCCGCUUGCUCUACCGCCAGCUCCAGUGCCGAAGCAGGAAGUGGCCGGCGCAACAGCCUCAGCGGGCCAAGGGCAAAGCUGCCCAGGCCUGAGCAUGGCGGGGAGCGGGGCCCCAGGCCUACCCUGAAACUGAGGGUAGGGUGGCAACUUCUGCCCCAGGGCCAGUUUUACCUCACCCCACCCCGGCAGCUGGGGUCACUGUCUCUACCCCUUCCUGCCCGCUGCGCACAGAGGCGGCGCUGCUCAAAGAAGUGGGCUCGAAGCCCAGAUGUCUGGGUCCAAUUCUGGCUCAGUUUCCCCUGCUGGAGCUGGUGUGCUGCCGGCUGGGGCUGAGUGUUUGGUGGCAGAGAGUGGAGCAGAGCCCGUUUCUCCUCCAGCCCUGCCGGGCCUUGUUCCCUUGUUUACCGAUUCCAGAAUAAACCUCGCCCUGGUGCUCCA